CAGAGAAUAAUCACCUGAUCUAGUCCACUAUAAAAAAUUCUUUGUACCUCUCCUCCUUUUGUCUUCCCUAGGCACACUCACAAACGUCUUUGGAUGGAGGUUUCCCUUUGGAACCUUCACGUGGUGAUGUGUCCUCAGCCACCCUCUUGUCUUUUCUGGGUCCUGGGUUCAAAACUGUUUGAGGAUGACCUAAUGUGCCCACACUGGCCAUGUCUCUUGGAGUGUCAUAGUGAAUGUCAGCUGUUGGGUCCUCUUCUCCCAGAAGACAAGAACUCGGUUGCCUUUGAGGAUGUGGCUGUGAACUUCACCCAGGAGGAGUGGGCUUUGUUGGAUCCUUCCCAGAAGAAUCUCUAUAGAGACGUGAUGCAGGAAACCUUCAGGAAUCUGGCUUCCAUAGGAAACAAAGGGGAAGACCAGAGCAUUGAAGAUCAGUACAAAAAUUCUUCAAGAAAUCUAAGGCACAUCAUAUCUCAUUCUGGAAACAACCCAUAUGGGUGUGAGGAAUGCGGAAAGAAGCCAUGUACAUGUAAACAAUGUCAGAAAACUUCCCUUUCUGUCACAAGGGUUCACAGAGACACAGUAAUGCACACUGGAAAUGGACAUUAUGGUUGUACAAUAUGUGAGAAAGUUUUUAAUAUUCCCAGUUCAUUUCAGAUACAUCAGAGAAAUCACACUGGAGAGAAACCCUAUGAAUGUAUGGAAUGUGGGAAAGCCUUAGGUUUUUCCCGUUCUCUUAAUAGACAUAAAAGGAUUCACACUGGAGAAAAACGCUAUGAAUGUAAGCAAUGUGGGAAAGCCUUCAGUCGUUCCAGUCACCUUCGUGACCAUGAAAGAACUCAUACUGGAGAGAAACCCUAUGAAUGUAAGCACUGUGGGAAAGCCUUCCGUUACUCCAAUUGCCUUCACUACCAUGAAAGAACUCACACUGGAGAGAAACCUUAUGUGUGCAUGGAAUGUGGCAAAGCUUUCAGUUGUCUCAGUUCCUUGCAAGGACAUAUAAAGGCUCAUGCUGGUGAAGAACCCUAUCCAUGUAAGCAAUGUGGGAAAGCCUUCAGAUACGCCAGUUCCCUUCAGAAACACGAGAAAACUCAUAUUGCACAGAAACCCUAUGUAUGUAACAAUUGUGGUAAAGGCUUCAGAUGUUCCAGUUCCCUUCGUGACCAUGAAAGGACUCAUACUGGAGAGAAACCCUAUGAAUGUCAGAAAUGUGGCAAAGCCUUUAGUCGUGCUAGUACCCUUUGGAAGCAUAAAAAAACUCAUACUGGAGAAAAGCCCUAUAAAUGUAAAAAAAUGUAAAGGCUUUAAUCACUACAGUUUUUGUCAAAAACAUGAACAGUCACAUACUUGAGAGAAACUGUGAAUGUAAGGUGUAGGAAAGUACUUAAUUUUCCCAGAUUUCCUCAAAUACAUGAAAGGAAUCAAACUGGAGAUAAACCCUAUGACUAUAAGCAAUAAGGUAAAGCAUUCAAUUUUUCCAUUUCUUUUUGAAAACUUGAAAGGACUCACUGAAGAAAAUCCGUAUGAAUGUUUAAAAUGUGGUAAGGCCUGCAGUUGUUCCAGUGGUAUUUGAUGGUAUAACAUAACUCAUUCUAGAGAAAAACUUUAUGAAGGUAUCGAAUGUGAGAAUGCCUUCAUUUAUCCUAUAACUCACUCAGAGACACAUGGUAACACAUACUCCAGAUUGACCUUGUAAAUAAAAGAAUGCCCACCAGAUUGAAAUCCUAGAAAUACAGAAAAUUCUGAAUUUUAACAAUUACUUUAAAGGUCAUGUGAAAACUCCCACUGGAAAUAAAUCCUGUAAAUGUAAAUAUUAUGGAAAACCUUAUGGAAAAUAAUUAUAGUACAAUUCUCAGGAAAAUUCACUAUGUGAAUGAGAUGUUUUAGGAGCAAUAAAUAAAUUGAAUAUAUUGGUUGCU